AUGGCUGAUGCUCUCAUUUCCGUGCUGCUAGAACGGUUGGUCUCGAUAACCUAUGAAUACGUGGAAGGAGAGUUGAAACAUGUUUUGAACGUUAAGGAAGAUGUUGAGAAAUUCACUCGGACUCUCCGAGUAAUUCGAGCUGUGCUUGAGGAUGCAGAGCAACGCCAAGUGACGGAUCAAGCUGUCAAAAUCUGGUUGGAUGAGCUCAAAGAUAUAUCCUACCAGAUGGUGGAUGUGCUGGAUGAGUGGAACACAGACAUUCUCAAACAACAAGUUGAGAAGCAAGAAAGCGAAGGUGAUCCAAAUGCUUUUGUUACAAAGAAGAAGUUAACUGAGGUUUAUGAGGAAAGAAAAAAGUACCAGUUUCAAAGCAAAGAAUUAGGCAUUCAACAACCUCAACAACCACAACGACCUCAAACUGCAUCUUUUGUCGAUAUAUCUGAGAUAUUUGGUCGAGAAAAUGAAAAAAAGGAUUUGAUAACAAACUUGUUGAGUGAUAGUAGUGCGGAAGGGAAGGGGCUCCUUAUCAUCCCUAUUGUAGGGAUGGGAGGCAUGGGAAAGACAACUCUGACCCAACUAGCCUAUAAUGACGACCGAGUAAAAUCUCAUUUUGAGAUCAGAAAAUGGGUUUGUGUUUCAGACCCUUUUGAUGAGAUUAAGAUUGCCAAAGCCAUUAGUGGUGAUUACGCCCCAAGUUCAAAUGAAUUGGAUGAGGUCUUGCAAUGUAUGUCUAGAUCCAUCCAGGGCAAAAGGUUUCUCCUUGUCUUGGAUGAUGUAUGGACCGAUGAUCCCAAAAAGUGGAAACAAUUAAAGGUACCAUUAUUCCAAAGUGGUGCUGAAGGCAGCAGAAUAUUGGUGACCACAAGAAAACUAGAGGUUGCUAAUAUGAUGAGAGCAACAAGAAACAUGAUCAAUCUGGGAGGGUUUGAGUGA